AUGACAUUCAAAUAUGUAUUUUGGGCAUUUGGUCCUGCAAUAAAUGCUUUUCAAAUGUGUAGGCCUGUUAUUAGUGUUGAUGGUACACAUUUAAAAGGAUCAUACAAGGGAAAUAUGCUUGUGGCUGUAGCUAAGGACGCUAACAACAGCAUAUUACCGAUUGCUUUUACCAUUGUUGAUGAGGAAACCGUUGAUAGUUGGUGCUGGUUUUUUGAGCAAUUGAGGUGUGUUGUACAAGAUAAGCAAUUAUGUGUUAUCUCCGAUAGGCAUCGGGGAAUAAUACAUUUAAUGAAAUAUUUAGAAAAAUGGAAAGAGCCAUUUGCAUAUCAUCGAUUUUGUUUACGACAUGUCUGGAGUAAUUUAAUGUCAAGAUUCAAGAACUUGACUUUAAAAAGACUCUGUUGGGCAAUUGGAAGCACUACUCAAGAGCGUAAAUUUUCCAGAUAUAAGAGAGAAAUUGAAGCACUUAACCCCAGUGCUUGGAAAUAUCUUGAAGAAAUUGACAAAAGCCAAUGGUGUCUUGCAUUCGAUAACAAUCUUCGUUGGGGUUCAUUAACAACAAAUAUUUCAGAGAGCUUCAAUAAUGUGCUACGAGGUGCUAGGCAAUUGCCUAUUAGAGCUUGUAUUGGAUUAACAUUUAAGAGGACAGUGCAACUAUUCAAAAGAUACACUAUGGUUGGUUUGAAUUGUAAAACUUCUUUACCACCAAAUAUAUGGAAAAUUUACAGGAAAGUUGACACUCUUGCACAAAGCCAUCAUAUAGAAGAGUUUGACUAUACCAAGGGAGUGUAUCGAAUAGUUACAGCUAGAAAAACCAAUGGCCAUGGUGGAAAUGUGCAAAUUGUCUAUUAUCAUGACAAAAAGUGCACAUGUGGUAAGUGGCAAGCUCAUAGAUUUCCUUGCUCACAUGCAAUCACAAUUUGUCGACAGAGAAGAGACAAUCCUCUUACUCUUGUGAACGGGGUUUAUGGCACUUCAACCUUCAAGUGCCAAUAUGAGUCUGAUUUUGUUCCUCUUCUUCAUAAUGAUUAUUGGACAGAUCCUGGGUGGAAGAUUCAAGCAGAUUACUCAAAACUUGUUACAAGUCGUGGUAGAAGACGACAAAGUCGAAUAGAAAAUGAGAUGGACCAACGUCACCCUAAUGAACCACGUAAGUGUGGGAUAUGUCGUCUAAGUGGUCAUAAUAAAAGAAAUUGUCCAAAAUCUCAACCUAGAUAA